GGUCAUGGUCGUUUCAUUUCAUUUCCAUUUUACAUGUAGAAAUUAAUUUAUUUAUAACAAUUUUAACAACAAGUAUUGUUACAAGGAGAUAAGGAUGUCUAAUAAAGUAUAACUAUAGAAUAGAAUAGAUAAAUGUGUGAUCAAAACAAUUUGGGGACAGGGGGACCUCCGUACAAACCAUCUGCUCGAAAAAGUAUCCAUAAUCACGAAAAUUGCAUAUUCGCUGACUGUAACCGUAUCAUGGGCCGCUAUGGACUUAAAUCACGAUAUAAUGAACAACCCAAAACCAAAGAUACUUCUAUUCAGGAAGGAAUCGAUGUAGUUGACAAUGUCAUGAGCAAACCAGUUCACCAGUCCUCUCCACUUCAUAUGAAUACAAAAGGAAGAAGAAACUCUCUCCACACACCAGAUAAAAAUGAUGAAGAUGUUUCUUCUGACAGUAAAUUACUUGCAAAAUCUUUACCUGCAAAUAUGCCAUCAUAUUACAGUGAUGAAUAUGUCACACAUCAAUCAUUACCAAGUGAUUUCUACAAAGGCCAUGAUGAUUCUUCACCAUCUUUAACUCGAACUCCUAACGACAGCAGAAGUUACAGACAUGAUAGUUUUGAAACAAGACAUUUUAACAGAAGAGAAGAAUUGAGUUUAAGAGAAGAAGCUAAGCAACAUAGCGAUAAAAAAUACUUAGGAGUUCUACUUCCAAUAUGUGGCCUUAUCAGUCUUGCUGUAGCAGUUUAUUAUGGGGAAAUAUUCAAUAUAGCUCAAGUUCACAGCAAGAAUGUUUAUGAUGAAAUAACAUUCAGUCAAGAAAUUGGUAAUUUGGGUGAAAAAUAUCAAAUUGGAGAACAGCCCCUUUUAGAAUUACAAACUGGUAUAACAACAAUUUCAGAAAGAAAUGACAGUGGUUCAUUCAUAUUUGUAUAUAACAGACGAUUGCAGCUUAAUCACAUACAGUUCAAUAAUUUCAUAGAAGACAUAGCCCUUGCUGCUGCUAAAUAUUUACGUAAUAAUAGCAUGCCGUCUGGACCAACUAUAGUACACAGUUCGCAAUUGAAUAUGAAAUCACACAGUGAGCUAAUGAACACGUAUAGACACGAUAUUGCCAAGACUGGAGUUAUGCUUGUUAAAGACAUGGAUAUGAUUCCAUCAUAUCUUGCUAUGGCUUUUCAUUAUUUCUGUGAUGAAUAUAAUCCACUUGUAUCAAAAGCUGCUAUAUUUUUCACACUUAAUCUAGAAAGUUGUGCAGAGAAAUCAUCAGAGAAACUAAGACCUACUUACCAGGAUAUAGAAAAAUGUCUCACAAACAAAUGGAACGCAAUACCUGAAGACAAUAUUAAACCGUUAUUGACGAGAGUUGUUAAUGUGAUUAUUGAUUUGAGUGGCAUUUCGUGAUUUUUGUAAUCAGCCCAUCUAUGGAAAAUAAGUGUGAUCUUGUAACUAAUUCGUAUAUGCCUCCAUAGCAUCAUCAUUCUGAAACAGAAAUCGUUCG